AUGGCAGCUCCGCAAGUCAUUGUGGUCGGUGGUGGAUUGUCCGGCCUUAGUGCUGCCCACACCGUCUACUUGAACGGUGGCAAUGUCCUCGUUCUGGACAAGCAGGCUUUCUUCGGUGGCAACUCCACAAAGGCAACCUCCGGCAUCAACGGCGCGCUUACCCGCACCCAAAUCGAUCUUGGCAUUAAAGAUAGCGUCAAGGCGUUCUACGAGGACACCCUCAAGUCCGCCCGUGACAAGGCCCGCCCCGACCUGAUCAAAGUCCUGACCUACAAGUCCGCCGCGGCCGUCGAGUGGUUGCAGGAUGUCUUCAACCUCGACCUUACUCUAGUCUCUCGUCUGGGCGGCCACUCCUUCCCCCGCACUCACCGUGGCCACGAUGCCAAGUUCCCUGGCAUGGCCAUCACCUACGCUCUCAUGCAGCGCCUGGAGGAGCUUGCUGAAUCCGAGCCUAGCCGCGUCCAGAUCGUGAAGAAGGCCCAUGUCACCGCCGUCAACAAGUCUGACAACCAUGUUACCGGUGUCACCUACACUCUCAACGGCGAGACCAAGACCGCCGACGGCGUCGUCAUCCUGGCCACUGGUGGUUACGCCGCUGACUUCAGCGACUCCUCCCUGCUCAAGCUGCACCGCCCCGACACCUUCGGCCUGUCCUCCACCAACGGCACCCACGCCACGGGUGACGGCCAGAAGAUGCUGAUGAAGAUCGGCGCCAACGGCAUCGACAUGGACAAGGUCCAGGUCCACCCUACCGGUCUCGUCGACCCCAAGGACCCCGGCGCGAAGUUCAAGUUCCUCGCUGCGGAGGCCCUCCGCGGCGAGGGCGGUCUCCUGCUCAACUCGGACGGCCAGCGGUUCUCCGAUGAGCUUGGACACCGUGACUACGUCUCGGGCCAAAUGUGGAAGGAGAAGGAGAAGGGCAAGUGGCCCAUCCGCCUGGUGCUGAACAGCAAGGCCUCCAAGGUCUUGGACUUCCACACCCGCCACUACUCCGGCCGUGGCUUGAUGAAGAAAAUGACCGGCAAGGAGCUCGCCGCUGAGAUCGGCUGCGGCGACGCCGCGCUGAAGAAGACUUUCGACGAAUACAACCUCAUCGCCGACGGCAAGAAGAAGGACCCCUGGAACAAGAAGUUCUUCCACAACCUGCCUUUCUCCGUCGAUGAUGAGUUCCACGUCGCCGUCAUGGAGCCCGUCCUCCACUUCACCAUGGGCGGCAUCGAGAUCGACGAGCACGCCCAAGUCCUCAACGGCGAGAAACAGCCCUUCGAAGGCCUCUACGCCUGCGGCGAGCUGGCGGGCGGUGUCCACGGCGCCAACCGUCUUGGUGGCUCGUCCCUGCUGGGCUGCGUUGUCUACGGCCGUGUCGCCGGUGACUCCGCCUCGCAGCACCUCUUCCGGAAGCUCAUCACCACCGGCUCGUCCGCCGCCCAGCAGCGUCUCGGCCAGAUCUCCCUGCACAUCGAUCCGUCCACCCCCGGCAAGAUCUCCGUCGAGUGGGGCGGUGCCGCUCCUGGUGGCAGCCUGCCCGCCGUCGCUGCUGCUCCCGCUGCCGCCGCGAGCCCCGCUGCAGCGGCCCCAGCUGCCGAGGAAUCCUCUGCCAAGUCUGACCCGGCCAACUUCAAGAUCCCUGAGAAGGAGUACAGCAUGGAGGAGGUUGCCAAGCACAACAAGAAGGACGACCUGUGGAUCGUUGUCAAGGGCAUUGUCUUGGACGUGACCAACUGGCUCGACGAGCACCCCGGCGGUGCCAACGCCUUGUUCAACUUCAUGGGCCGUGAUGCUACUGAGGAAUUUGCCAUGCUCCACGACGACGAGGUCAUCCCCAAGUACGCCGCCCAGACUGUCAUCGGCCGCGUCAAGGGCCAGACCCCCAGCCUGGAGCUGUAA